AUGGACGCUGAUUUCGCCUCUGAUCAAUCAGACAGCGAGGAGUCAAGCGGCAACGAUGAUUACGACGAGUUUGGGCGCCUCAAGCCCACGCGACGGUUUAACUCCAAUGAUGUAGACUCCGAUGAUACUAAUUUCCAGCCCUCACCAGAAGAAUCAUCCGACUCUGAGCCAUACGAAGCAACCGAGUUCAUUGACGAUGAAGCUGUUCUCUCAUCCAUCAAUAGGAUGGACAGACGGCAUCGUCGCCGGUAUGAUUCGGACGGUUUUGGCAUUCGAGGUGCUAGAGGCGUCAAGCGCGGUCCAAGGAAACCAUUGGAGCCAAGUGCAGAAUUCAAGGAACUGCACUCCGCUGCGACUUCAGCCUUUAUCGACUCCGACUAUGACCGCGCCAUUAUCCUCGUCAAGCAGGCUAUUCAGAUCAACCCUGAAAUGUUCGCAGCGCAUUCUUUACUUUCUGAAAUCUUUUUAGCCCAGGGUCAAAAGGAUAAAGCAAUGGCAGCACUGUUUAGUGGCGCCCAUACCAGACCCAAAGACCAAACGGUAUGGUUGAAAGUUGCAAAAAUGAUAUCGGACCAUGCCGGAGAUGACAAGUCGGCAGCACUCCAAGACGUGGUAUACUGCUAUAGCCGCGUCAUUGAUAUCGACCCAAAAAGAUAUGACAUCCGUUUCGACAGGGCUGCGAUAUAUCGCGAGCUUGGUCACAGUGGCAAGGCAGUACUGGAAUACGAAAGGCUUCUGAGGGAGCUUCCUCAUAAUACAAUAGCCUUGCGCCAGCUUGCUGAACUGUAUAUAGAUCUCAACGACGUCGAGAAAGCCAAGGCCCGUUAUGAUGAAGCCAUCGCGUACUAUUCCUCCCUGGAUACUUUAGAGGAAGCCGUAGACUUUGAUUGGUCAGACGUCAACAUUUACGUCGAACUACUUGGAUACCAGAAUAAACACUGGGAAGGGGUGCGCGCCCUUAGGGCUCUAUCUCGCUGGUUGCUUGGCCGAAAAAAUGAUAUCGAAUGGGAUGAAGUAUGGGAUGACGACCGGGAAUGGGAUGCUGAGGAUUUUCCUCGCCGCAUUGCUGCGCCAUGGUUCUCUCAGUCCAAAUACCCUGUCGAGUCGUACGGUAUCGGACUCCCCAUCGAUCUUCGUGUUAAGUUAGGUAUAUACCGAUUGAAAAUGGGUGUCGAAUUCAAGGACGAAGCAAUGUCUCAUUUUAUGUGGCUAUCUCCAGAAGAGACAGCACCUGGCGCAAGGCUAUACGACUAUGGCGACCUUUUUCGAGAAGCUGCUGAUGCCUUGAAGGAGGCUAGGCUUUAUCUGGAAGCCCUAUUAUUCUAUGCACCCCUUCAAUACACACAAGAAUAUGCCGAUACAAACCUUUUCAUGGCGAUGGCCGACUGUUAUUUAGCGUGUCAAAAUGAUUCUGAUGCUGAAGGUUGUCUCCUCACGGUGGUUGAAUAUGAUAAAACCAAUAUCGAAGCGAGGGUAACUUUGGCCAAGUUUUACGAGAGGCUAGGCAUGAUGGAUCAGGCUCUGAAAUAUGUGACAGAAGCAGUAGAACUUGGGCGUCAGGAGUCAAUACCGAUGCGCAAACGGAGAGCAAAUUUUGGCGCCCGAAUCGAGCAACUCGUGAAAGAGUUCCGUUCCAUAGAGUCUAGUGACGGUGCUCCGAGAGACAUGGAGCUAGAACUACCAAGGCUCUCCGAUCAAAUGGAGGCUGCCCCUAUAUCGUUCACUGGGGCAGCGCAGCUUCCAACCCUGAAAGAAUCCAGGCCAGAAGACAGAAUUGCGUCAGCACUUCAGACUGCGGAGCAUGUACGCUACCUAUAUUCGAAGUCACUUGAAAUGCGGCCUGCUAUGAGGGCUGGAGAUGAAGAACCAACGGAGGAUUGGUUAGAUAUCGUGGAGGCUUUAUUGAGAACAUUCCGGUCAAAUCGGGUUUUCUUUCCCUUGCAGAAACGAACGAUGUUCGCCGGAUAUUCAAAGGAAGCCUUGCGUAAAGCCGGGUCUGCCCAAAGGGUGGAUGUAUUAGAUGAGGUAGACGAGUUGGCAUCGCGUAUUCAGGCGGCGAUGGGCACUGCGGAAUUCGAUCCGGAUUUAAUUCCCACGGAUUAUCAUGGAAUUCCGUUCAAUGACUGGCUUGAUCUCUUUUUAGAGUACGCCCUUGUUCUAGCCGGCCAAGGUCACGCGCAAGAAGCAUAUGAUUCCUUGACAGCUGCGGCUGACGCGAACGUUUGGUAUCAUUCAAAAUCAAGCAGCCGCCAGAUUUAUGUUUGCUGGUUUGCUUGCGGUAUCAGACUCCAGGAUGAAGAAAUCCUUGCAAACAUCGCCAGGUGGUUCAUGAAAGAAUACCAGUUUGUCACUGAUGCGUACCGCCUUUUUGCGACUCUCAGCCGUCUCUGCGGAGACCCUCGAAAAUCCCUCUUCCACUCGUCCCCAAGCAUGAAAUUUAUACUCCGUCAAGUCAAAGCUAUUGACUACUCACUUGUUGAAGGCCCUUCCGCGGAUACCAGCCACCCACGCCCAACUUUUUUCGCCGAACGCCCCAGCCUCACAACGAAAGAUGAGGCAGGAAACCCCAUACCUGCCGAAGAUAUGGACGUCGCUUUGCUUGUGCUAUACGGCCACAUCCUAUACGCAGGAAAUAGUUUCACGAACGCGUUAAACUAUUUCCUCCGCGCUUAUGCACUGGACCCGAAGAAUCCCGCUGUCCUGCUCUCCGUUGGUCUCAGCUACAUCCACCAUUCGCUAAAGCGGCAGGCCGAUAACCGGCAUUAUUUGGUUAUGCAAGGGCUCUCGUUCAUGCAGGAAUAUCGUCGGGUUAGGGAGGUUAGCAGUGUUCCGCAGGAGAGGCAGGAAGUAGAGUUCAAUUCCGCAAGGGUGUGGCAUAUGUUGGGCUUGGCCCAUCUCGCGGUCAAAGACUAUGAAAAGUGCCUGGAGUUGGAUGCGGAGAUCCAGGCUGAGCGACAGAGGAAGAAAGAGAUAACUGGAAGUGAGGAUGGUGUGGAUGUGGAAGACUAUACGCACGAGGCGGCGUAUGCGUUGCAGUGCCUUUAUGCAUUUGGUGGGGAUAUGGUGAGCGCAAAAAGAGUGACGGAGAGAUGGUUGGUUAUCUGA